AUGGGAGAACUAUGCGAUCGAGUACACGCACGUUGAAUCUCGCGUGUUUACAUUCUUUAGGUUUGAAGUUCAGCCUGUGUUGGAGUUGGACUGAGUUGUUUAUCUGAAAUUGAAAAGUGGAUAUAAUGGGAUUUCAACGAAUCGGAAAGGACAUGUGAAGAGAAUGGCCAACAACCAGUCUCCAGCUCAAGCUGCAUCAUCCUUUGAGAAGGGUCGCAUCCAGGCCUUACAGGAAGAGCGUGUCAAGAUACAAAAGAAGACCUUUACUAAGUGGGUCAACUCAUACUUAGAAAAGGCAAACCUGCGUGUGAAGGAUCUCUUUGUGGACCUACAAGAUGGCAAAGUUCUCCUCAAGCUGCUGGAGAUCAUCUCCGGGGAGAAGCUGGGCCGACCGAAUAAGGGCGCCCUCAGGGUGCAGAAGAUGGAAAACGUUGGCAAAGCGCUUACAUUCCUCUCCACAAAAGUACGCUUGGAGAGCAUUGGGUCUGAGGAUAUUGUGGACGGCAACCCACGGCUGACGUUGGGUCUGAUGUGGACCAUCAUCCUUCGCUUUCAGAUUCAGGACAUACAAAUUGAGGACGAAGGCAGUACAGAGAAGCGUUCAGCCAAGGAGGCAUUAUUGCUGUGGUGCCAGAGAAAGACUGCAGGGUACUCUGGUGUCAACAUAAAAAAUUUCACUACUAGUUGGAGAACUGGACUAGCGUUUAAUGCAUUGAUUCAUGUCCACAGACCGGAGCUAGUGCCCUUUGAGAGUCUGAUUCGCAGGAGCAAUGAGGAGAACCUGAAUACAGCCUUCACCGUGGCUAAGCAACAGUUAGGCAUUUCUGAUCUCCUAGAUGCUGAAGAUGUGGAUGUCGAGAAACCCGAUGAGAAGUCCGUCAUGACCUAUGUGGCAUCUUACUACCACUACUUUGCAAAGAUGAAGACGGAGAAAACAGGAGGCAAGAGAAUAGCCAAGAUUGUGAGCCAGCUGAUGGAUGUCGACAAAAUGCAGAAGGACUAUGAACUGAUGGUGUCUCAACUCCUGGAAUGGAUCGAAGCCAAGAUCCAACAACUGGCCGAUCACAAGUUCCCUAACUCGCUAGACGGCAUACAGACACUCAUGCAGAAAUUCAAAGAAUACAGAACUGUGGAAAAGCCUCCCAAGUAUGCUGAGCGUGCCAACAUUGAGGUAGCCAUCUUCAACGUUCAGGCCCUGGUCCGGUCCUGCCACCUCCGCCCCUACACCCCUCCUGAGGGUAAACUCGUCAGUGAUGUGGAGAGGCGUUGGGGGAAGCUGGAGCAAGCUGAGCAUGACAGGGGGAUAGCGCUGAGAGAAGAACUGAUCAGACAGGAGAGGCUGGAACGAUUGGCUGAAAAGUUUGCUAGAAAGGCCCUGUUGCGGGAGUCUUGGUUGGCCGACAUGACCAGCGUCCUGAAGGAAAGCGUGAUUCCCAGCAACAACAUCUUUGCUGUGGAAGCUGCCACUAAGAGACAUGAGGCUAUCACUGCAGACGUAAUGGCCAGGAAAGACCGUUUUGAAGACCUCAAUCGCAUGGCCAAGGAGCUGAUCGCAGAGAACCACUACACCAGCCAGGGAGUCGGCCAGAAGGAACGCCAGAUAUCCCGGGACUGGCAGAAACUGAUUGACCUGCUGGCCAAGCGACAGCAGGUACUACACGGCUUCACUGACCUGAUGGGCAUGUUCAGGGAGAUUGAGAGCGUCACGGCAGAGAUGAAAGAAAUUGAGGUGGGUCUACAGUCCGGUGAUUGUGGCAAGCAUCUCUUGGGCGUAGAGGACCUCCUACAGCGCCACGCCCUGACGGAGACCCAGAUUAACUCCCAGGGCUAUCGGGUCAAUCAGGUCAACCAGAAGGCUGAUAUCUACCUGAGCCAAAACCACUCGGAGAGUGACACUAUCAAGAAGAGAGUGGCUCUACUCAAUGUUGGCUACGAUCACAUCACGAAGCUGAGCAUGAAGCGCAAGGCCCAGUUGGAGGAGUCGCUCAAGUUCUUUGAGUUCCUGCGAGACAGCGAAGAGGAGGAAUCCUGGCUGAUGGAGAAGCAACGCAUUGCCAAGUCCAUGGUGACAGGGAGAGACCUGAGGAGCGUCAUCAGCGCACAGCAGAAACACGCAGCAUUAGAGUUAGAGAUCACGGCCAGGCAGCAUACCAUCGAAGGGGUGAUGCAGACAGGGGAGGAGCUAGCCAGGGCGGGGCACCGCAGCAACAACAUCAUCCUGGCCCAGAUAGACGAGCUACAGGAGAAAUGGGGACGGCUAAAUGAGUACGCUGAGGCUCGGAGGUAUCGGCUGGAACAGGCUGCCCAGUCACACCAGUAUUACAUUGAUGCCAAUGAGGCAGAGUCUUGGAUGCGAGAAAAGAUGCCCCUAGCCUGCAGCGAUGACUACGGUAAGGAUCCGGAGUCAGCCAAGAUGCUCCUCCAGAAACACCUGACACUGAUGGAGAGCAUCAACGCUUACGAGGAUGACAUCCUGAAACUCAGCCAACAGUCCAAGGAGAUGGUGGAUGCUAAGUUGAACAACAAGUUUUCACUCGAAAUGUCACCAGAGACCGAUAACACCACAGAGCCUAUCCCAGCAGAAGGGGAGGAGUAUGUGACUGAAAUUGUUGAGGUUCCUUAUGAGGUUGAAGAAGAGGAGGUGGUCGAGAAAGAAGAAUUGAAGGAGGUGUUGGAAGAAAGGACAUAUCCCCAGGUCAAGGCAGCAUACACGUACUCGGGGCAAGGGCUCAAAGUUACCAAGGGAGAGGUCAUGAUCCUGGUGGAAAAAACCAAUGCGGAGUGGUGGAACAUUCGCAAAGCCUCGGGUCAGGAAGGCUUCGUCCCUGCCAAUUACGUCAAGGAGACCCAGCCCAAGGUUGUCAAGAAGAAAGUGCAGAAACGAGUCAGGGUACCAGAGACGGUGAAAGUCCGGAAGACCAAGACGCGACAGGAGAUGGUCAAGAGAAAGAGGAAGAUAUCGGCCGGGAAAGGAACGUCGUUGACGAGAAAGUCCAGCCUGAGGAGAACCAAUCAUUUUGACAAGGAGAACAUUGAGUUGAGACAGCAGGGCAUCGAUGGGACAUACAAGCGUCUCAAGAAAAUCGCCCUGGCGCGCAAACGCUAUCUUGAGGAUGCCAUCAAACUGUUCUCCUUUUAUCGAGAGUGCGAUGAGUUUCAGGCUUGGAUGAAGGAAAAGCCUAAAGCCUUCCCCUUUCAAACCAGUAUAAUGGAGAAAAUCCUCAAGAAGAAGGAGACCCUCUCAGAGCGGGUGGAGGCCUCCCGGCGUAAGUUUGAGAACCUCCUGACCGACCUUGCGGCCAAUCAGGGGCGGAUCGACCGCAUCAACAAGAUGGCGGACGAGUUUGUGCGGACUGGCCACAGCAAGCAGGCGGACGUACGCAACCGGCAGAAAGAGGUCAACGACCAGUGGGAAAGACUGAUGAAACUGAAGGAGGAAAAGGAGAAGAUGCUGGAGGGAGCAUCCAGCAUUGAACUGUACAACCAAUCAUGGGGCGAGGCCAAAGAGUGGAUCAUGGACAAGUUCAACGCCCUGUCGUCCUACGAUCCAGGCAAGGAUACCCAGUCAGUCCAGGAGUUACAGAGGAAGCAUGAAAUGCUGCAGAGGGAGUUGGCUCCUGUCGGUGAAAAGCUCCGCAAACUCGGUCUCUUGGCCAAGGCUGUGAAAGCCUCCUACCCCAAUGAAGGGGACCACAUUGACCAGCGACAGAAUGAGAUCAGGGACUUAUGGGAUACGCUGGAGGCUAAAGCGGCGGAGCGGAAGGCACAGCUGGAGCAGAGCCGUGAUAUCAGCAGGUUUCACAAUGACACCAAGGAACUGACUAUGUGGUGUAAUGAAGUUCGAGGGUUAUUACUGGAUACAGAGCUAGCCAGGGAUGUCAUGGGUUCUGAGAAUCUUCUGAAACAGCACCAGGACCUGCUGGAAGAUAUCAGGGGCCAUGAUGAUGUAUUCACCAAGCUGGAAGCACUCGGUAAGCAACUACUAAAAGCCCUGCCUGACUCCGUGACGAUUGCUCAAAAGACAAGGAAGCUAUCAGAAGCACAGUGUGAGAUCCAAGCAGGCUGGGACAAGCGAAACCAACGACUCAGAGACGCCUUGGAUCUAGCUCUGUUUAACAGGGAAGCAGACCAGAUCGAUGCGACAACCAGUGGCCAUGAAGCAUUCUUGGAGUUUGAAGAUUUGGGAGCCACAGUGGAGAUUGUGUACGGUCUGAUCAAGAGACAGGAUGACUUUGAGAACACACUGACUGUGCAGGACGAGAGAUUGCAAGGAUUGAAGGAAAUAGCUGCCAAACUGGUCAACAAUGAUCAUUAUGCCAAAACAAUCAUUUCGAAUCGUUGUGAGGAGGUGGUUGCUCGCAGGCAGAAGGUGAAAGAAAACAGCGCCCUCCGGAGGCAGAAACUGAUCCAGUCCAAGGAGUUCUUGGAGUUCUGCAGGGAUGCAGAUGAGUUGUCGGAGUGGAUUUACGAGAAGCAUGAGAUUGCUUGCGACGAGUCCUACCGUGAACUGACCAACCUGCCGGGCAAAGUCAAGAAACAUGAGGCAUUUGAAGCUGAGCUGACGGCCAAUAAAGACAGUCUGGACAAGCUGAAUGAGACUGGUCAGGAACUGAUCCAGAAAAAGAACUUCAAAGCCUCCGAUGUCCAGGCGACUCUCUCUGCGCUGAAUGACCGCUGGGCUGACCUGAAUGACCGCUCCUCAGACAAAGGGGUCAAGCUGCGGCAGGCCACGCAGCAGCAAGCUCUGAACCGAGCCCUGGAGGAUGCAGCGACAAGCAUCGCUGAGAUGGAGAUAGCACUGGCCUCUCAAGACCUGGGCCAGGAUCGGAGGAGUGUCAAAGGGUUGAUUAAGAAGCAUCAGUUACUUGAGAGUGACAUGGCAGUGCAAGCUGACAAGAUAACACACAUUGUAGAACAAGCUCACAUGCUGACAGAGGAGGACCACUUUGAUGCGGAGAGAAUCGCCAUAGAAACAGCAACAGUGACGGACAGGUUUGCUAAGCUUGGAGCACCGUCCGAGUGCCGUCGGUCCAUCCUGGCUGAUUCCCACAAGCUGCAGGUCUUCCUCCACGAUAUCAACAAUGAGAUGCAGUGGAUCAAGGAGCAUCUCCCUACAGCUAGCUCUACUGACUACGGCAAGACGUUCACCGCCUGCCAGAGCCACCUACAGAAACACAAGAAACUGAGGGCGGAGCUGACCGGCCAUCAGCCUGUCAUUGACAAGGUCAUCCAAGCAGGUCAAUCCCUGAUUGACGGCAGCCACUUUGCAGCGUCUACCGUCCAGGAGAAUUGUCAGGAGUUGUCACUUGCCUGGGGACAGCUGUUUGAUGCAGCUGAUGAGAGGGAGAAGAGACUGCACAUGGCAUUUGAGGCUCAACAGUAUUUUGCCGAAGCCAAUGAAGUAGAGAGUUGGAUUAGUGAGAAGAUGAGCUUAGUAACGAGCGUGGACUAUGGCAACAGUGAAGAUGCAACUCAGAAGCUGCUUGCAAGGAAUAAGGCCCUGAAAUUAGAUGUAGAUAACUACAACAGUGUCCUAAAAGAGCUAAUGGAUAAAGCUGAGGCAAUGAUUGCAAGCAGCAACCCACAGGCUGAGGAGCUAACGGCAAGACAGGAUAAACUCAAGAAAAGGUUGACGAGCCUCCAGAAUGCAGUGUCAGAGAGAACCACAGAGCUAGAGCGAGCCAAGCGCCUGCAUGAGUAUGUCCAUGAGAGUGACGAGUUAGGGGAAUGGAUUGAGGUGCAGUACCAGGCAGCAAGCUCUCAAGAAUUUGGAGAAGAUUUUGAGCAUCUGGAACGGUUGAAAAAUAAACAUGAGGAAUUUCAACGCAGAGUUGAUACUGGGAACGACAAAUUUAAGGCAUGCGAGGCACAGGCCCAGAGACUGAUCAGCGAGAAGCAUCCACUGGCUGACACUAUACAAGAGAAACAAGACAGUCUCAAGCAAGCUUUGGAGAUGCUUCAUGGUCAGAUCCAGGAGAGGAAUCAGAAGCUAGAGGCAGCGGGACAGAUCCACAAGUUCAACCGAGACUUUGAGGAUUCCAUGUCCAGGAUUCAGGAGAAAUACCAUUCCAUGCCUGAGGAUCUUGGCAAGGACAUCAACUCAGUCCAGUCCCUGAUCCGCAAGCACGAGACGUUUGAGAACGACCUGCUGGCCAUGGAGGGUCACCUGCAAAGCCUGGUCAAUGACGCCGCAAAACUGCAGGAGGAAUACCCUGGAGGAAAUGCAGAACAGAUUGUUGAACAGCAGCAAGUCAUUGUAGCUAAUUGGAACACACUGCAGGAGCAUGCCACACAGCGGCGGGAGUUACUCCAGGCAGCUAACGACUGGCAACGUCUACUGGCAACUUGUCGGGACUUGAUCAACUGGACCAACGAGAUGAUGACCGAGAUCCAGACAGAGGAACCGAUCCGUGACGUGGCUGGGGCGUCGGCAGCUCUCAGCCAACACACGCAGUGCCAUGCUGAGAUAGACGCUAGGGAGGAGAACUUCUCCUCGUUAGUGGAGGCAGGACAGAUGCUGAUCAAGCAGCAGCACUACGCUAGUGAGGAGAUUCAAGAGAAGCUUGAUUCAGCCAUGCAGGCGAGAGAGCAGUUGCACACCAGCUGGCAAGCCAAGAAGGAACGUCUGGAACAGAUCGCUGAGCAACAGGUGUUCCUGAGAGAUGCCAAACAAUUGGAAACACUCAGCAGCCAGCAAGAGACAUAUCUGGCUGGCCCAGGACUUGCCACAACGGUAGAGGAAGUUGAUGGACUCAUUAAGAAACACGACGACUUGGAUAAAUUGAUAGCCACGCAGGAAGAAAAGGGCACAGCUUUAGAGGAGUUUGCACACAAGUUGAUUGCCCAAGAACACUUUGAUGCACCAGCUAUCAGGAACAAAUUCAAUGAAGUGCUGCAGAGACGUGCCAAGGUGAAAGAAGUCAGUGAUCAGAAGAAGCAGGCCCUAACUACUGCUAAGAUGUACGCACAGUUCAAACGAGACUUAGCAGAGGCUGACUCUUGGAUUGAUGAGAAGCACAAGCUUCUUACAGAGGACUGUAAAUCCCUGCAGGAUAUGAGCAACCUGCAGGACAAGAUGAAGAAACUGCAGAAACAUCAGGCGUUUGAGGCUGAGAUUGUCGCCAACGAGAACCUCAUCGCUGAAGUCAAAAAGGCUGGUGACUCCCUCAUCUCAGAGCGGCACCCAGACUCCAGCAACAUCCAGCAUGACGUGGAGGAGUUGCUGGAGCACUGGGAGGCAUUACGCAAGGCGUCGGCGAGACGUAGCCAACAGCUGGACGAGGUCAAGGAUCUGUUGGAGUUCAAUCGUCAGGCUGAGAAGGUGGAGACCUGGAUUAAGGAAAAGGAGUUGAUGGUCCUUGCCAGUGACUGUGGGAGAGACUAUGAGCAUUGCUUUGAGCUGCAGAAGAAACUGGACGAUCUGGGAGCUGAUAUGUCAGUGGACGAGUCAGUUGUCAGGCAGAUCAACGUGGUCGGAGAGAAAUUAAUUAAACAGUCCCAGGCUGCAGGGGACAGCAACAUCAUCAAGGAGAGACGGGAUAGCAUCACCUUGACUUGGCAGCAAAUGCAGGAUGGUCUAGCUAACUACCGCAGCAAGCUAGCCGGGGCUUUGGAGGUGCACGCCUUCAACAGGGAUGUAGACGAGAUCAAAGAGAGAAUCAUUGAAAAGGCUAAUGCCAUGAGCAGUGAGGAACUAGGGAAGGAUCUACCUGGUGUGGAGAGCUUACAGAGACGACAUCAAGAUAUGAUCCAGGACUUGACAGCAAUCGAGAACAAACUCAAGGAUGUUGAUGCUGAAGGCCAGAAGCUGUUAGCCAGUCACCCGGACGACAUCAAGGAGAUCCAAACCAAGCAAUGCGAGGCCACUGAGAAUUGGGAAGCUCUCCGGGACCUGACCAAAGUCCGACAAGCUCGGCUGGACGACGCCUACAACCUGCAGAAGUUCAACAAAGACUUCAGGGAGAUGGAUAAUUGGGCCAAUGAUAUUGUGACUCGGAUGACGUCGGGGGAGUUGGCCAAGAGUGUCUCCGAAGCAGAGAACAUGUGUGAGCUUCACAAGGAGAGAAAGGUUGAGAUUGACGGCCGUGAUGGCAUGUUCCAGUAUCUGAGGGGCUUUGGCGAGAGGCUCAUUCAGCAGGACCACUAUGCCAAGGAAGACCUGCGAGCAUCGCUGAAGCGAUUACAGGAUACCAAGGAGCACGUCAACAGCGUCUGGAAGGAACGCAAAGAGCUGCUGGCACAGUGCCUGGAUCUGCAGGUGUUUGAGGACUAUGUUGAACAGGCUGAGGUGUGGCUGGCAUCAAAAGAAGCAAUUCUUCACAAUGAAGACAUUGGGGAUACACUGACCAGUGCUGAUACACUUGUAAAGAAACACGAGGGUUUUGAGAAGACUUUGCAGACCCAAGCAGAGAAGAUUGAAGAGUUACAGACCUUUGCCUCUGAGUUAGUCCAAGGUAGCCACUAUGACAUAAACAACAUCAACAACAGAUGCCGCAAUGUCUUGGAGAGACGUGACCGUCUGUGGUCUCAGGCCAACGCCCGACACCGCAAGCUGACCGAGUCCAAGCAGUUGCAUCAGUUCCUGCAGGACAUCUACGAGAUGUUGGCCUGGAUUGCUGAGAAGCUCCAGAUAGCCCAGGACGAGUCUUACCGAGACCCUACCAACCUGCAGGGGAAGAUACAGAAACAUCAGGCAUUUGAGGCUGAGCUGAUGGCUAACAAGGACAGGAUUGAUGCUAUAACACAGGAAGGGACAGACAUGAUCAGUGCCAACCAUUUUGCAGCAGACGAUGUCCAACUGAAGCUCACUCUCAUGGAAGAAAAAUGGCAGCAACUUAUUGCGUCAUCUACAAAGAAAAGAGAUCUGCUGAACGAUGCUUACCAGGCCCAGGUGUUCCAUCGUUCCUUGGAUGACCUCCUGACAUGGCUGACUGAGAUGGAAUCUCAGCUGGCCUCCAAGGAUCUGGGCCGAGACCUGAGCAGUGUCAACAAGCUGCUCAAGAAGCACACGGUCAUGGAAUCCCAGAUGACUGCCCACGAGGAGAAAGUUGCCGAUGCCAAGACCAUGGCAGACUCCUUCCGAGAAGCAAACCAUUUCUUAAAGGAAGAGCUGUCGAAGAAAACUGACCAGAUUUUUGACAGGUAUGAAGCUCUGAGAGAACCACUCCACCUGCGGCGUGACAACCUAGAAGACGCCCUCCUCCUGUACCAGUUCCACCGCGACGUCGAAGAUGAGAUCUCUUGGAUCGGCCAGAAGCAGCCCUGGAUUGCCUCGAAUGACCUGGGCACCAGCCUACAUGCUGUACAGAGCUUGUACAAGAAACAUCAGGCAUUGGAAGCAGAGCUAUCAGCCCAUGAGCCGCUCAUCAGUGCCGUCAUCUCGACGGGCAAACAGCUGAUACAGGGAAACCAUUACGCCAUGGAGGACAUCAACACUGAACUCAGCCAGUUACAAACCAUGUGGUAUCACCUGCAAGAGGCAGCCGAAGACAGGAAGAGGAAACUACUGGAUGCCUUGGAGUCCCAGACGUUUUACUCAGAGGUUCAGGAGGCCCAGUCCUGGAUGAAGGAGAAGCGCCCUCUCUUGACCAGUCCUGACUACGGCAGGGACGAGGAUUCGGUGGCGUCAUUGCUCAAGAGGCUUGAUGCCCUGGAUCUGGACUUGGAGAGCUUCCAGAAGAAUAUCAGCAACCUGAAGAGCCUGAGUAGUGGUCUCAUCACCAGGGGACACUUUGACAGCACAGAUAUUGAAUGCAGACAGAACGAAGUUGAAGCAUCGUACAAGGAGUUACUUGACUUAUCAAGCCAUCGUAGGAAAGCCUUGACAGAUCACAAGCAGCUGUAUGAGUUCUACAGUGAGACUGAGGAGACACUGGAUUGGAUUCAAGACAAAGAAACGCUGGCAUCCUCUGAGGAUUAUGGGAAGGAUCUGGAGCACGUUGAGAUUCUGCAAGUCAAGUUUGGGGACUUCACCCGUGACCUCCUGGCCAACGAGUACCGCAUCACCAACAUUGGCACCAAGAGCCUGCAUCUGGUGGACCAAUCCAUUGGAGAAGAGAAAGAGGUACUAGAACGCUGUCAUCACGCGGAGGAGAUGUGGGAACAACUCAAGGAACUCACCAAUGCCAGGACUGAGGCCCUGGCAGCAGCCAAACUGAUUCACACUUUUGACCGUGACUCGGACGAGACCAGGAGUUGGAUACAAGAGAAAGAGACAUCCGUGUCAUCUGAAGACUACGGACAUGACUUGGCCAGCGUGCAGGCUUUUAUUAGACGACACAACGGACUGGAGAGAGAUCUGGCUGCCCUAGAGGAGCAAGUUGCCUCGGUCUCCACCAACGCUGCCCAUCUCGUAGAGCAAUUCCCCCACGCCUUCGAUCACAUCAGCAGCAAGAACGACACUGUGGUGGAAGCCUGGAACCAGCUCCUGGAGGAAGCUGCCACGCGCAAGGACCGAUUGAUGCAAGCCGAGCAGCUCCAGACCUACUUCAAUGACUACAGGGAGAUGAGUGCCUGGAUGAGUGAGAUGAUGGCCCUAAUCACAACCCACGAGACACCCCACGACGUACGCAGUGCCGAAUCCCUGCUCAGUCGCCAUGCCGAGCACAAGGCUGAGAUUGACGGCAGGACCGACGGCCUGCUGCAGUUUACCAACGCUGGCAAGGAGCUGAUUGACAACGGCCAUUUCCUGUCUGACGAGAUCUCGGAGAAGGUUGAGCAGCUUCAUCAUACCUGGGACGGCCUCCUAGCUGCCUGGCAUGAGAAGCAGGCCCUGUUUGAUACCUACCUGGAUGCUCAGCUCUUCAAGCGAGACCUGGAGCAGGCUGAGACCUGGCUGGCUGCCAGGAACCCUGUACUUGAGGACCAGUCAUUCCUGGAGGAUACUCUGGACAUUGAGGAGAUGAUCAAGAGACAUGAGGACUUUGAAAAGACUAUUGCUGCUCAGGAAGAGAAGUUUGCUGCCCUCAAGAGGCAGACCAAGUGCGAAGAGCAGUCCUAUGGCCACCAGAAGCAACUGGACAACAUCCUGGAGGAAGUGAACAAAGCACCUGGUGGUCUGCAAGGCUUGGUAGCUGAGGAUGUGGAAGCUAUCAGAGAUGAUGAGCACCUACCUGAAUCGCUAGGAGAAGAUGAGAGGGCUGCCCUUGUGGCCCAGAUAGAAGAGGAAUUAAUGGAGGAAGAACUGCAGGAAAAACUACAAGCUGUCCUGCCCGACAACGAAAUGACCCUGGUACCAGAAAAGGUCUUCCCUGUGCAAUCCAGGAGAGCAGAUAUGUCUCCUAGAACCAAGACUGGGUUUUCAACCCCCAAGAGUUCAGUUGCGAAUGGACAUAAAACUGAGAAGCAGACAGGGGUUAGUCCUGUGUUGAGAACUGAGAACCUGAGUGAAGCGGAACUCCUUAGAGACGCGGAACUGCUUAGAGAUGCAAAGAAGCAAUCACCAAGACUUAACAACAACUCAGUGGAUAUCGGCUCUCCAGUUACCUCCAUCGACGAGUUACUGUCUGAAGACGAUGCGGACACAACAGACCUCAUCCAUCAAGCUGAGAUCCUAGAAGAGUCUGCGAGAGUUCCUUCAAAGACCACAGACUCUCACAGACCACAGAUGCCUGCACCCUUAUCAUUUCAACAGAGUGCUGGGCAGCGGACCACAUCAGAGUCGCAAAGCUCUAGGCGAUCAACACCAGAUCCAGGACUUAGCCAAUCAGCCCCCAAUGUCAGCCCACGACACCCGAGUCCAAGAUCAAAGCCUCAGUUUUCUAGGAAUAGAUCUUAUGACUCAGACCUUAGCUCUGACGAGAGCAGCCAGCACAGGACCUCUCCGCGAAGCCCCAGUACUCUCGGGAGGAUACAGCCUGGUUUAACUUCUCCCUCUCAGGGACCCAGGAAACGGCAGACCUCCAAACCCUUCCAUCCUAGUCCUCUCGUCUUAGACAACAACCGCAAUCCUCGACAAAGCCCAAGUAAUCAAAGAACCCAGCCUUCAAGGACAAACACGGCCAUUCUGAACAGCAAUAACAAUCACAAGAGCAGGGAAGCUUACCAGAUUCCCUCGCCGGAGCUUGUUGCUGAUUGGGCGAGAGAUGAGGGGGAGGAGCUACUGACCCCCGACAGCCUAUCAGGCGAUGAGAAUUUGAGUGUGAGCUCAUUGCUUUCCUUACCCGACGAAUCAGAUCCUUCGUUGACAACAAGGCACACCAUUGAGAAAGAUUCCCCGGAGUUGUCUUGGAAAAGUGAUCAGUCAGAUGCCGAGCCACCCCCUCUGCCAGUCUCUGUUCCUCCUCCACUCUUUGAUCUUGAGGACUCCUCCCCAGACGAGGUCGCAUCAUCCUCACAGCCUCCUAGUUCCCCUCCAACUCCCACUCCUCCCCAGAGGCGACGCUCGCGAGCCUCCUCUAUUGAUCACAAGAAGGGAAGCCCAUCAACUCCUCGGCAGCCCGAUCAUCAAAGCAGCACAGUACCCAAACCUCACCCAUCCACAGCCCUCCAUGACCGCCCAUCAGAUCCUCCACUGUUUCCCCCUCAUCCCACUAGACCUGCACCCUCAGAUACUUACCAUGCACCAUCUUCAUCCCCCCGGGUACCCGGUAACCAACAUACCCUCGGUCAUUCCCAGUCACCCAGUUCUCAUCUCAUCCCAAGCACUGUACCCAGUUCCCAUCAAAGACCUCCCAACCAACCCAGGGUAUCCAUCUCCCAACCCAUCCUAUCUGAGCAACACCCAGAACCCGCCCACCCUACCCUACCUCUGCAGCUGCACCCGUCACCCAGGUCCCACACAACCCAACCCCAGCAACCCAAGCGCCCAGCCCCGCCUUCACCCUUACCCCAAGUGGAGUCUUCCCCAAGCCAGCCCCGUCGGGCAGCACCCCAGCUCACACCCAGGACCCAUCAUGAGGUGGACAGGGUCAUCACAGCACAGCCUCCUCCACCCAUCCAACUCACAAAUCUGAUGAAGGGGAGCCACCACCACCACCAGGUGCCUCUCAAGUCCUCGGGCCAAGAUUCCCCCAAGCUCAAGAGGAACAAGAUCUUUGGAGGUCUGUUCAAGAAAAAAUGAUCUGCAGAUGAAGAAACCUCUUCAAAUCUAGACUCCACUGCUAAUCAUUUAUUGAACAUCUCUUGGACCGAUUUCUUGGCACUGCCAAGCAGAAAAUAUUGUUUAGCAUUUUUUUCUGCUUCUAGGCACAAAUCAGCUGAACCCAUCCUGAGCAGCGUACGUUGCAUGACGUUUAACCUUUUUUUUUUCCUAAUCAACUAUUUUCAGUGCUUAGCAAAGUUACGUAUUUAGCACGUUCUUUGAAAUUGGCCUGCGUGUGAUGGUACCGCACGCUACGCUCUGUUGAAUAGUUGACAACUGUGAGUUGCUACGGUCUUGAUGGUGUGGAUGAAGACGAUAUCAAAAAUAAUAUUGAAGUCAUCCGGGCGGUUUUACUGACAUAAUAUUGCAGUCAUCUGGGUACUUGUUCCGAUCACCGUACAAUACGCUGAUUUAUUUUUGAACGUGGAAGCCUUAUAUAAAAAAUAAUAAGUGAUAUAGAAGUCAACUGUAUCAAAAAUGGUAUGCAAACAAAGAUUUUGACAGCUGUUGUACUUGUGUAGGCAUAAUGGAACAUUUGGACCAGCAUCCGAUAAAUAGACUUAAAACCUGUGUUUGAUGUGCACAGUGGUGAUUUAGUUAAAGCCUUUUUAAAAUACCACCAUCAUGGGGUUUAUAGAUCCAUGCCUCCAUCAAUUCGUGCAGUUUGUUUGUACAUUCGAUUGCUGAAAGCCAGAUAUAGCGGAGGUGUGAAAAAUAAUGGACGGGGUUGUCAGUUUCAUCUUAAUUACCUUCCUCCCAGUAUCCUUCGGGAAUUUAUCGCCCACAGAGAAUAGAAUAACACUCUGCCUCCCUUUUUGUCUUCCAUCGAAAGAUGAUGGGUUUCACUGUUACUCAGCUCUGCUAAUGGAUUUUAAGACUGUCGGCACCUUUUGCUUUUAAGGCACAGGUAUUAUAUUUUUGCUUGAAAUAUAUCAGUGUUCAAACAAUACACACAUUUCCGUUGCUGUUAUGGCAAAAAGGUAGGCCGGAGAGUGGCUGCGCAUGAGUUGUUUGUCAUGACGACAAGUAAAUCAAUUCUCACUGUAUGUAGCCAUGCAAUGGCUGCCAGCGUUGCAUGCCUUACCUUGCGAAACUGACCAACAGGCUUUUGAGGCAGACUGCCUUGUUUAUUACGUCCACAUGGUGUUGUGGUGAUGCCAUUACGCUAAUUAACUCGGACGACUUGUUUCAGGAUUCGUCAAGGCUCAUUUAGUUUUGGCUGACACACCGGGGCAGAUGUGUAUAUAGAAAUUUGUACAAAAAUGAACAAUGCCUAUUUAUGACCAUUCUCGGGUUUUUGUCGUAUUU